GGAGAUUUGAAGGGAAAUGUCGAAAUGAUAGAAGGAGUAGAAGAAGGAGACUUGGGUCAAGAUAUCCAAUACGACGAAGCUGAAGUGAAGAAGAUCUUGCGCAAGGUGGAUUGGCGCCUUCUUCCGCUUCUAAGUAUCAUCUAUCUUCUCUCGUUUCUGGAUCGUGGAAAUAUCGGGAACGCCAGGGUCGCCGGCCUAGAAAAAGACUUGAAGCUCACGCCCGCGCAAUUCAACCUAUGUCUCACCGCGUUUUUCUUCCCGUACGCGGCGUUCGAGGUGCCGAGCAACAUUGUCCUCAAAUUCUUGCGGCCAUCGAUCUAUAUCCCGAUAUUGAUGAUCGCUUGGGGAACUGUCAUGACAUUAUCGGGCAUCGUUAAAGGAUACUCGGGCCUGCUCGCUGUCCGGAUAUUCCUUGGAUUCACGGAGGCUGGCCUGUUUCCAGGAGCAACCUAUAUUCUGACUAACUGGUACUGCCGUCGUGAAUUACAAGGCCGUAUGGCGUUCUUCUAUUCCGCAGCCACAUUAGCAGGUGCCUUCUCUGGACUGCUCGCCUACGCAAUCAUUAAAAUGGACGGAGUUGGUGGUCUCGCGGGGUGGAGAUGGAUCUUCAUUCUUGAGGGCAUCGUAACCGUCGUUGUAGCCUGCGUACUCCCCUUCGUCCUCCCAGAUAGCCCAGAAACAGCGCGUUUCCUUUCCGAAAAGGAUCGCCGAUUUCUGGUCCAGAGAUUGAGUAGGGAUAGCGGAAGCACUGGACGAGUAAACACGAAUGAAGCAUUCCAGUGGAGAUACGUGUGGGCAGCUGCGACGGAUGUGAAGGUGUACCUGACGACCUUUAUUCUUUGGGCGAAUCCUAUCGCUGGCUAUGGACUUAUAUUCACUUUACCUACCGUGAUUCACGAGCUGGGGUAUUCGGCAUCAAAUGCGCAAUUACUCACGAUUCCCGUCUAUGCCUUCGCCCUUAUCUGCACAGUCAUCUGUGCCAUACUAGCAGACAAGUAUCGCGCUCGAGCACCGUUUGUGAUAGGGCCAUACUGUGUAGCAGCCUUGGGCUACAUCGCUCUGAUUGCUCUGCCUCAUCCCAAGUACCCCGGAGCAACCUACGGAAUGCUGUUUCCCGCCAUUGCCGGCAUCUACGCGCCGGUCUGCGGCUCCCUUACGUGGAAUGCAAACAACCUCGCAGGGUCCUGGAAACGUGCUAUCGGAAUGGCGAUCCAGCUUACGUUCGCCAAUCUUUCAGGCGGAAUCGGCUCCAAUAUCUAUCUUGAAAGGCAAGCUCCUCGCUAUCAGCUGGGUUACGGGCUCUCGCUCGGGGUGACAUGCCUUGCGAUACUGUCAGCGGUCAUCCUCCGGUUCCUUUGCGCGAAAAUCAACAAGCAGAGGGAUGAAAUGGAUGUAGAUGCCAUAAGGGAGAAAUACAGCGAGGCGGAGCUUAUGGAUAUGGGAGACGCGAGCCCUCUGUUCAGGUACUCCCUGUAGG